ACUCAGUUAAAAAGUGAUUAUGUCAUGGUUCACUCUUGUAUAUGUGCAAAGGUUGUGUGUGCUUGUCGAGCGUAUAAAGUCUUCAGCUAAAAGGGGAAUAAUAGAAGGACACAGCAGAUUGUGCUGAAUCACAGCGUGAUCAUGUUUUCAUCUGCGACGCUGCUCUUUGUGGCCGUUCUGCUCUUUCUGCUCAUGUUUCGGAACAACAGGGGUAAAAAAUUCCCUCCGGGCCCGCAGGCCGUCCCUGUCUUUGGAAAUCUGUUGCAGCUCAACCUGGAGAAUCCCCUUGCAGACCUGGAUAGGUUUGCCAAACGCUAUGGUAACGUCUACAGCCUUUUCUUCGGUGCCAGGCCGAUGGUGGUUGUCAACGGGCUGCAGGCGCUGAAAGAAGCCUUCGUCAACAAAGCUGCUGACUUCUCUGGCAGACCACAAGACUUGAUGGUCAAUCAUGCUGUUCAAAUUAAAGCUCCUGGAGUCAUUCUGGCAGAUUAUAAUCCGGCGUGGAGAGAGCAGCGGCGCUUUGGCCUGAUGACACUGAGAAACUUUGGUCUGGGCAAACACACGAUGGAGCAGAGGAUCACGGGAGAGAUGCUUCACAUUUCAAAGGUUCUGGAGGAAAGUGUCGGUAAGACCAUGAAUCCUGGCCAGCUCUUCCAUAACGCAGCCUCCAACGUCAUCUGCCAAGUUCUGUUUGCCAAUCGCUUUGACUACGACGACGAGUUCAUGAAGUUUUCAGUUGGACUUUUUCAGGAGACUUCCAAAAUAAUCAACGGUCGCUGGUCAAUGAUUUAUGACUCUCUUCCAAUGGUGCGCAACCUGCCACUGCCCUUCCAGAGAGCCUUCAAGCUGUUUGGGGCGUCACAUGAAAGACGUUUAAAAAUUUUGGCUGAGAACAAAAAGACCAGAGUUCCUGGUAAACCCCGGCAUUUCAUAGACUGUUACCUGGAUGAACUGGACACGAGAGAAGAUAAGAGCUCAUUUUCAGAAGACCAGCUCUGUGCAUUUAUCUUGGAUCUUCACUUUGCUGGAACUGACACGACUGCCAACACCCUGCUCACCGCCUUCCUCUAUCUGAUGAACUUCCCACAGAUACAGGAGCGCUGCCAACAGGAAAUAGACAAAGUUUUGGUCGGGAAGGAUGAAACCACUUUUGAGGACAGACACCAGAUGCCAUAUGUGCAGGCUGUCCUUCAUGAGAUCCAAAGGGUGGCAAACACCGUUCCUCUCGCUGUUUUCCACAGCACCACGAGAGACACAGAGUUACUGGGAUACUCCAUACCGAAGGGAACCAUCGUCAUCCCCAACCUGUCGUCAGUGUUGGUGGAGGAGGGACAGUGGAAAUUCCCCCAUGAGUUCAACCCUGAAAACUUCCUCAAUGACCAGGGAGAGUUUGUCAAACCGGAGGCCUUCAUGCCUUUCUCUACAGGUCCUCGAAUCUGUCUCGGAGAGGCUCUGGCUCGCAUGGAGCUGUUCAUCUUUGUCGUGUCUCUGCUGAGGAAGUUCAAGUUCAUCUGGCCCGAGGACGCCGGGAAACCAGACUUCACUCCUCUUUUUGGGUCGACUCAGAUGCCCAAACCAUAUCCCAUGAAGGUGCAAGUCAGAGCAACAGACGUCACAGACUGACCCGAGACACAUGGGAGGACCCUUAUAAAUAAAUGAUAUAAGGAAUAAUAAAAAGUCAAUUUGU